AUGGAGCCCUCCAGAGCGCUUCUCGGCUGCCUGGCGAGCGCCGCCGCUGCCGCCCCGCCGGGGGAGGAUGGAGCGGGGGCCGGGGCCGAGGAGGAGGAGGAAGAGGAGGAGGAGGCGGCGGCGGCGGCCCCCGGGGAGCUGGGUUCCGACGCGCCGCUGCCCUACUGGACCGCCGUGUUCGAGUACGAGGCGGCGGGCGAGGACGAACUGACCCUGCGGCUGGGCGACGUGGUGGAGGUGCUGUCCAAGGACUCGCAGGUGUCCGGCGACGAGGGCUGGUGGACCGGGCAGCUGAACCAGCGGGUGGGCAUCUUCCCCAGCAACUACGUGACCCCGCGCAGCGCCUUCUCCAGUCGCUGCCAGCCCGGCGGCGAGGACCCCAGUCGCUACCCGCCCAUUCAGUUGUUAGAGAUUGAUUUUGCGGAGCUAACCCUGGAAGAGAUUAUUGGCAUCGGGGGCUUUGGGAAGGUCUAUCGUGCUUUCUGGAUAGGGGAUGAGGUCGCCGUGAAGGCAGCUCGCCACGACCCCGAUGAGGACAUCAGCCAGACCAUAGAGAAUGUUCGCCAGGAGGCCAAGCUCUUCGCCAUGCUGAAGCACCCCAACAUCAUUGCUCUCAGGGGGGUGUGUCUGAAGGAACCCAACCUCUGCUUGGUCAUGGAGUUCGCUCGUGGAGGACCUUUGAACAGAGUGUUAUCUGGGAAAAGGAUUCCCCCAGACAUCCUGGUUAACUGGGCCGUGCAGAUUGCCAGAGGGAUGAACUACUUACACGAUGAGGCGAUUGUCCCCAUCAUCCACCGCGACCUUAAGUCCAGCAACAUACUGAUCCUCCAGAAGGUGGAGAAUGGAGACCUCAGCAACAAGAUUCUGAAGAUCACCGACUUCGGCCUGGCUCGGGAAUGGCACCGAACCACCAAGAUGAGCGCGGCAGGGACAUAUGCUUGGAUGGCCCCCGAAGUCAUUCGUGCCUCCAUGUUUUCCAAAGGCAGCGAUGUGUGGAGCUAUGGGGUGCUGCUUUGGGAGCUACUGACUGGUGAGGUGCCCUUCCGAGGGAUCGAUGGCUUGGCAGUCGCUUAUGGAGUGGCCAUGAACAAACUCGCCCUCCCCAUCCCUUCUACAUGCCCAGAACCUUUUGCCAAACUCAUGGAAGAUUGCUGGAAUCCCGACCCCCAUUCACGACCACCCUUCACAAAUAUCCUGGACCAGCUAACUACCAUAGAGGAGUCUGGUUUCUUUGAAAUGCCCAAGGACUCCUUCCACUGCCUGCAGGAUGACUGGAAACAUGAGAUUCAGGAGAUGUUUGACCAACUCAGGGCCAAAGAAAAGGAGCUCCGCACCUGGGAGGAGGAGCUGACGCGGGCUGCGCUGCAGCAGAAGAACCAGGAGGAGCUGCUGCGACGCCGCGAGCAGGAGCUGGCCGAGCGGGAGAUCGACAUCCUGGGCCGCGAGCUCAACAUCAUCAUCCACCAGCUGUGCCAGGAGAAGCCGCGGGUGAAGAAACGCAAGGGCAAGUUCCGCAAGAACCGGCUGAAGCUCAAGGACGGGAACCGCAUCAGCCUCCCUUCGGAUUUCCAGCACAAGUUCACGGUCCAGGCCUCCCCCACCAUGGAUAAAAGGAAGAGCCUCAUCAGCAGCCGCUCCAGCCCUCCUGCCAGCCCCACCAUCAUCCCGCGCCUUCGAGCCAUCCAGUUGACACCAGGUGAAAGCAGCAAAACCUGGGGCCGGAGCUCAGUCGUCCCAAAGGAGGAAGGGGAGGAGGAGGAGAAGCGGGCUUCCAAGAAGAAGGGACGCACGUGGGGGCCAGGUACACUGGGCCAGAAGGAGCUCGCCUCGGGCGACGAAGGAUCCCCUCAGAGACGUGAGAAAGCUAACGGGUUAAGUACCCCAUCAGAAUCUCCACAUUUCCACUUGGGCCUCAAGUCCCUGGUAGACGGCUACAAACAGUGGUCAUCCAGUGCCCCCAACCUGGGGAAGGGCCCUCGGAGCAGCCCGGCGCUGCCAGGGUUCACCAGCCUUACGGAGAUGGCAUCUUGCUGUUGCUGCUGCAUUCCCAUUUCCUAUUUCCCGUCUACUCUCAACUUCACAGAGGAUGAGGACAGCGAAGGCCCAGGGAGUGGGGAGAGUCGUCUACAGCAUUCACCCAACCAGUCCUACCUCUGUAUCCCAUUCCCUCGUGGAGAGGAUGGGGAUGGCCCCCCCAGUGACGGAGCCCACGAGGAGCCCACCCCAGUCAACUCAGCCACCAGUACCCCUCAGCUGACGCCAACCAACAGCCUCAAGCGGGGCGGCACCCACCACCGCCGCUGUGAGGUGGCUCUGCUUGGCUGUGGGGCUGUUCUCGCAGCCACAGGCCUAGGGUUUGACCUGCUGGAAGCUGGCAAGUGCCAGCUGCCUCUCCCAGAGGAGCCUGAGCCACCAGCCCGGGAGGAGAAGAAGAGGCGCGAGGGACUGUUUCAGAGGGCCAGUCGUCCUCGACGGAGCACCAGCCCCCCAUCCCGGAAGCUCUUCAAGAAGGAAGAGCCCAUGCUGUUGCUAGGCGACCCCUCUGCCUCCCUAACACUGCUGUCUCUCUCCUCCAUCUCCGAGUGCAACUCCACACGCUCCCUGCUGCGUUCGGACAGCGAUGAGAUCGUGGUGUAUGAGAUGCCUGUCAGCCCGGUGGAGGCCCCACCCCCGACCCCUUGCACCCACAACCCCUUGGUCAACAUCCGAGUGGAGCGCUUCAAACGGGACCCUAACCAAUCUCUGACUCCCACCCACGUCACCCUCACAGCCCCCACGCAGCCCAGUGGUCACCGGCGGACCCCUUCUGACGGGGCCCUCAAGCCAGCGGCUCUCCUGGCCAGCAGGAGCCCCUCCAGCAACGGGCUGAGCCCCAGCCCUGGAGCAGGAAUGUUGAAAACCCCCAGCCCCAGCCGAGACCCAGGUGAAUUCCCCCGUCUCCCUGACCCCAAUGUAGUUUUCCCCCCAACCCCAAGGCGCUGGAACACACAGCAGGACUCUACAUUGGAGAGACCCAAGACCCUGGAGUUCCUGCCUCGGCCACGUCCUUCUGCCAACCGGCAGCGGCUGGACCCCUGGUGGUUUGUGUCCCCCAGCCACGCCCGUAGCGCCUCCCCGGCCAACAGCUCCAGCACCGAGACGCCCAGCAACCUGGACUCCUGCCUUGCUAGCAGCAGCAGCACUUUGGAGGAGCGGCCUGGGCUCCCAGCCCUGCUCCCCUUCCAGGCGGGGCCGCUGCCCCCCACCGAGCGGACGCUUUUGGACCUGGACGCAGAGGGCCAGAGUCAGGACAGCACUGUGCCCCUGUGUAGAGCUGAACUGAGCGCACACAGGCCUGCCCCUUAUGAGAUCCAGCAAGAGUUCUGGUCUUAG